AUGUCAUUAUUACAAACAUCAUCGCACCCAGAUUGCCUCCCCGCGCCCCGGGUCGUCAUCACAAAUCUCAUCAACUCCCUCACAUCGGCCUCUCUCCCGCCACCGUCGCCAAACACGGUCACAACAGACGGCGCGCAAAACCCGCUCAGGUCGCUGCCGCAGUCCCACCGCACACUUCUUGCCACCCUCCACGUCCUCUUUCCAUCACUAGUGCUCCCGGCGCUGGACCUUCUGGACCGCAACCUCGUCACGCGCGUGGUGCCGGAACCGGCUUCGCCCAGCGGGCGCGGGCGCGGGGGGGACGACCCCGCCGACCCCGCACCCGCUCACCACCGCCGCUCGCCCGAGCGCGCCCACAACGCUGGCGCCGCCGAUGCACAACGGCCCUCAACACCCCUCUCUUCUCAAGACUCUCCGCAUCCCCAAAAAGUGCCCCGAUCGUCUUCGGCGGCAUUCCACCUCGUCCGUUCCUUGGCUUCGACAAUGACCCGCCGAAACUACGCCGUUGCGACGUCAGCUUCGGCUUCAACGACGUACCUCGUCCGGCUCGACGCCUGGAAUUGCACGUGCGCCAACUUUGCCUUCGAAGCAUUUCCUGCUAGCGCUGCUAUAGCGGGAGAUGUCUUCGAGGAUGAGAUCAAGGGCGCCGAUGCGGAUGAUGACUCCAACGAGGGCGGAAUGGGCGGAAUGGGCGGCUGGCAGUUUGGAGGACUAAGUCUGGAUGGAAUAGAUAGCGGCGAUGUGCCGUGCUGCAAGCACUUGCUUGCUUGUCUGCUAUCUGAGCAGUGGGGAGAUGAGCUGGGAAAAUAUGUCACCGAGAAGAGAGUCAGUAGGGAGGAGAUGGCGGGGUUGGUUUCCGAGACCUAG